GUAACCUCUGACCCGGAAGUUUCUAAUCUCCAUCUCUUUCCUAAAGUAACAAACUUUAAAAUUUCUGCAAAAUCGAACAACGAAUCAGCCUGAGAAGCUUCUUCAAUCCUGUGUAUCAAUCUCUCAUUUCUCCGAUUCGUUUCUAGCUUUCGUUUCUCUUCCUUUGAACCAAUCAUCAUCUCCAGGUGAUCGGUUUUCUUAAAGUUAGGGUUUUUGAUUGUUCUAAUCCGAUCUCUCGGUUCCGUUAAGAUUGGUGAUGAAAUUCGAGGCGUGAUAUGAAAAGAUCUGGGUAUUUUCGUAAAGACUUGAUGCCAGAACUUGCGUUGCGUGGGUUCCGAGAUCAUUGUUGAUGGAAGGAGAAUCAGAGCGAAGUUUGUCAGAAAAUUUGAGAAGAAGCGAUCGAGAAGAUGUGAAGAUUAUAGAGUGGGAAGAAUUUGACCAUGAGCUCACGAGGUUAUGGAGUCUUUCUUCUGCUCUGAAAUUAGCAACAGAGAAGAAGCAAAUCCUGCAGCCCAAACUUGAGUCUCUUAUUCAGGUUAGUACUGAAUCAUUGAGACGCACUAAUGAACUUGAAGAAAUGCGUCAGAGAUUGGAAGCAAGAAAAUUGCUGGUGGACAAGACAUCAAUUGCUUGCAAAGUUAUUGAGCAGGAUGUUAAAAAGAAAGAGGAUAAUCUAAGUACAGAAGUGAGAUCUUUGCUAGUAGGCGGAACAACUCUUUCCAUUGCUAAAAGUAAAUUGCAGGAAUCCAACUGCCAACUAGAAGGAGAGAGUGGUUAUGCACAUUUAAAGAUUGUAACGAAUAAGCUGAGAAAGAGGCAGCAGUUCAUGAUAUCUCAAGUUUCAUUUAUCUAUCCCUUGAAGAUUGAGGCUGGACCUUCACAAGACCAAGAACUGGAAUCAUUUCCUGGUGGCAGUAGAUUAGUAGGGACUAAGCCUCUGAGUCAAGGAUCUGUGAGAAUUCUGGGGUUGCCUUUUAGUAUGGCCCCGUUUACUAGGAUGAGCUUCUUCACUGACAAGAAAGAAGUUCAGAAGUCCGCAACCGCCCUGGGAUAUGUAGCCCAUGCUGUGUCCCUAAUAGCUCCUUACUUGAGAAUGCCUAUUCGUUAUCCUUUGCGCCUAGGUGGUUCCAAAACAUACAUUCGAGACUAUGCACCUUACAUUGAGCCUUCACAAUCAGACAUGUCUCCGAUUACCACGCUUUCCCAAAAUUCUAACUUUGUAGAGUUUCCUCUGUUUCUGGAUGGUCAAGAUACAACACGAGCUGCCUACGCUGUCUUCUUAUUAAACAAGAACAUCGAGCAACUCCUGAACUUUGUGGGGGAAAAUAGUCUAGGACCACGUCAGGUUCUAGCAAACCUGAAGGAGCUAAUUCGAAUCAUCCAAUCUCCAGAUUAUAUCGAUUAUUUAUGAUGAUGACGAUGAUGAUUACGACAAUAAUGAUGAUGAUGAAGAUCUCCAACAAUGUUUUCUCCUCAUGUUGAUCGAUCCUUUCCUUCUCACACAUCUUCCGGUGUCUCUUCUUUUUCCUUGAAUCACCUAAAGUCAGACACUUUGUGGAGGUAAAAAAGUAAAAAUUAUUUAUUUCGUUAUAGAAAUUUUAGACAUGGAAAUUCUCUUUAGGAUGAGACUCCUCUCUAGAUGUGAUGUUUUUGGUUUGGAGAGACAGACGAUAAACGAAAAGCGUAGUCUAUUAUACAGUUUUUUUUUUAGUUCUUCUAACAGAUGUAUUUGUUUUUGUUUUUUGUUUUCCUUUUUUUUUCCUUCUCUUUGUGCUAGUAUCAUUUGAAAUAUGUUUGAAUUUGUAAGUUAACAACAAUGAUGCUUGUUGCAUGAGUCAGUACAAUUUUCAACGUA